UUGGCCGGUUCGAGCAAUCCCUCUCUCUACAGUUUGUUCGUUAACUGAACACUGAGAAUAUGUACAGUUCGUGCAGUGUUCUCUCUACGCCUGCUCUUUGGUCUUCAUCUUUGAUAUUGAGCGAAGACUCCUCACCGAGGAGAGCUCGUCAAGCGAACAACUAUGAGUUGCAAUGAAGCUGAAACCAUGGAUUGAUUGUUGAGAUAGUUUGCUGUUGGCCUCAAUUAGUGGUAGGUGCAUCAGAAAGCAACAAUCUGCACUCGUUGUUAGCUCUCGAAAAUUGCUAGCAAGUAGAAGAGUGAUUUCACCAUUAAGUAAUACAGCACAAGAAAAGGUGUGCAGUCCAUCUGUCUCAGCGGUUUUGACCAAUGAACAUUCUACAAUAGCAAAUAUGGAGGAAGACGUUGAAAACAUUGGCCUCUUUAGCUUAGAUCCAGGCUUGGAGGCUUAUAAAGAUCAUUUCAGAUACAGAAUAAAGAGAUACGUAGAUCAAAAAAAGCUCAUUGAAGAAAAUGAGACAAGCCUUGAGGAAUUUGCACAAGGUUAUCUGAAAUUUGGAUUUAAUCGGGAAGAAGGUGGCAUUGUAUACCGUGAAUGGGUCCCAGCUGCACAGGAAGCUGAAGUUAUUGGUGAUUUUAAUGGGUGGAAUGGUUGUGGACACAAGAUGCAGAAAAAUCAAUUUGGUGUAUGGAGUAUCAGAAUUCCUGAUAUCAAUGGGAAUCCAGCCAUUCCGCAUAAUUCAAGAGUCAAGUUCAGAUUUAAACAUAGCAACGGAGUCUGGGUUGACCGCAUCCCUGCCUGGAUAAAGUAUGCAACUCAGGAUCCUACAAGAUUCGCUGCACCUUAUGAUGGCGUGUACUGGGACCCACCACCUUCAGAAAGGUACCAGUUCAAACACCCUCGUCCUCCAAAACCUAAGGCACCGCGAAUAUAUGAAGCCCAUGUUGGAAUGAGCAGUUUAGAACCCCGUGUCAAUACAUACAGGGAAUUUGCAGAUGAUGUUUUGCCUCGCGUUCGAGCAAACAAUUACAAUACAGUCCAGCUGAUGGCUGUGAUGGAGCAUUCCUACUAUGGAUCAUUUGGAUAUCAUGUGACAAACUUUUUUGCAGUGAGCAGUCGAUCUGGGACGCCGGAAGACCUUAAAUAUUUGAUUGACAAGGCACAUAGCUUAGGUCUUCAAGUAUUGAUGGAUGUUGUUCACAGCCAUGCAAGUAACAACAUCACUGAUGGACUUAAUGGUUUCGAUGUUGGGCAAAGCUCUCAAGAUUCUUACUUUCACACUGGGGAUCGAGGCUAUCAUAAACUGUGGGAUAGCAGAAUAUUCAACUAUGCAAAUUGGGAAGUUCUUCGAUUCCUUCUAUCCAAUCUGAGGUGGUGGCUAGAUGAGUUUAAGUUUGAUGGAUUUCGAUUUGAUGGUGUAACCUCAAUGUUGUAUCAUCAUCAUGGAAUAAACAUGGCAUUCACUGGGAACUAUAACGAGUACUUCAGUGAGGCCACAGAUGUUGAUGCUGUGGUUUAUUUGAUGUUGGCCAACAAUCUAAUACACAGUAUCUUACCUGAUGCUACUGUGAUUGCUGAAGAUGUUUCUGGCAUGCCUGGACUUGGCCGACCUGUUCCAGAGGGUGGGAUUGGUUUUGACUACCGGCUGGCCAUGGCCAUUCCUGACAAGUGGAUUGACUACUUGAAGAACAAGAAGGAUGAAGAAUGGUCAAUGAAUGAAAUAACUUGGAGUUUGACAAAUAGACGAUACACUGAAAAGUGUGUAGCUUAUGCUGAGAGCCAUGAUCAGGCUAUCGUGGGUGACAAAACAAUUGCUUUUUUGCUGAUGGAUAAAGAAAUGUAUUCUGGUAUGUCCUGUUUGACCGAGGCUUCUCCAGUAAUUGAGCGAGGAAUAGCACUUCACAAGAUGAUUCAUUUCUUGACAAUGGCAUUGGGAGGAGAGGGCUACCUUAAUUUCAUGGGAAAUGAGUUUGGCCAUCCAGACUGGAUUGACUUCCCUAGGCAAGGAAAUGGUUGGAGUUAUGAUAAGUGCAGACGCCAGUGGGACCUCGUAGAUACAGAUCAUUUAAGAUUCAAGUUUCUGAAUGCUUUCAACAAAGCCAUGAAUUUGCUUGAUGAAAAAUUUGAGUUCCUUGCAUCAGCAAAACAGGUUGUGAGCUGUAUGGAUGAAGAUAACAAGGUCAUUGUUUUCGAGCGUGGAGAUUUAGUAUUUGUGUUUAACUUCCAUUCAGAAAAUACAUAUGAAGGGUAUAAAGUUGGAUGUGACUUGCCAGGAAAAUAUAGAGUUGCUUUGGACAGUGAUGCUUGGGAAUUUGGUGGACAUGGAAGAGUGGGCCAUGAUGUGGACCAUUUCACAACCCCCGAAGGAGUACCUGGUGUUCCUGAAACCAAUUUUAAUAACCGUCCCAACUCCUUCAAAGUGCUUUCUCCUCUCCGUACAUGUGUGGUCUAUUAUCGAGUCGAAGAGGACUCACAAGAGAGCAAAAACGAGGCAGGUGCAGUGAAAGAAGCUCAACAGAAUAACAGUAGUUCUCAUGAAGAAUCUCGUUCUGCAGAUGCGGAUGAGCCAAUUCAGAUGUUAGUACCAGAAAUUGGAGUUGUGGAGGACGACAACGACGAUGAGCCAGAUGAGUGAUCAUAUUCUGCAUCGUGAGAAUUUCAUCCCAACUUGUCAUCAAAUAGCAGUUGCUAUUCCUACUGCGCUGGUGUAUAUAAUGCUCCACAGCCUCCUUUUAAUCACUGGACCGUUCGGAUGAUUGUUGUAAUUAACUUGAAAUAGUGUCACCUUGAAUUUAAGUAGUAUGGUAUAAUCAAUUAAUAUCAAGAUUUAUA